UCGUCUCGGUGACGCGCCUCGUGGUGCACAUGGAGCUUAUUGAGGAGACGGGCAGAGGAUGAUGAUGAAGAUGAUUGAGCAGCGCGUGGGGGGUUGCGCGAGGCGACAAUCAGUCAAUCAAUCAAUCAAUUGAUUUGGCACAAUCAGCCUUUUACCAGCGUGAUGCAGCUUGUGGACGGACAGACGGAUGCGCGCGCAGGUGGUCCAGGGCGCUGUCCUCUUCCAGCAGAGCGGACCAGCUGAGUGUUGGAGGCAGACGGAAGGAACGUUCUGGAUGAUAUGCACACAGGAAGUGGAACUCUCCUCAGGUGAGAGAUUUAAUCAGUGAGGACGAAGGAACACGGAGUCACAUGGGAGAGGCUAGCAAUGGAGGUCAAAGGUGAACUCAUCCCAGCACCUGCAGUGGUCACAUGCUGGGAUAGGAAGCAGAGGGAGCGCAUGGUGGAGCUACAGGAGAGGAGGCGGAGCCUGCAGGCGUUGCUCAGCGUACGAUUGGCUGAGCUGAGGCGCAUGUGUCUGCAGGAGGCGGAGCUGACAGGUGCGCUGCCCGCUGACUUCCCCUUGGCGAGCGGGGAGAAACCCCCGUGUGUGAGGCGAAGGGGUGGGGGCUCGCGGCAGACAAACAGGAAGUGCAGGGUAGAGGAGGAAGAUGGUCAACGUGUGAGGUCGAAAAAAACUUUAUUUAGCGGAGCGCUGAGAAAACACAAUGACCGUGAACACAACACACAGACACAGCAUGGCAAGAUGACCGUGCAUAGAGGCUGCCAUACUGAUGAUACAGUGAGGUCAGAAAGUAGUUCCACGUCUGAAUCUACUGGACACGACAACGAUGAGUUUGCGGCUCAAAGUCGCCCCCUGUUGGUGGCUGCUGGUUCUCCAGUGGAGCUGUUUUACCCCAGCAAACCCAGAAGGAGUUCAUUGUGUAACAGGCCUGAGCAUCCAGAGGUUCUUCAGAGCCACAGACCCCUCCUACUCCAGCCCCCGCCCCCUACUCGCUCUCAUGACAGCUCGCCAUGCUCCCGCCCAUCGGGGGAGGCCAAGGAGGCCCGUCACAGUAACAGCUCAGACGGGCUCCUUGACCGGGGAGCCCCUCUAGAAGAGGAGGGGGCAGUGCCAGGAUUGCAGGGGGCGUUGCGAUCCAGAGGAACAAACGCCCCCCCGGCGGUGAACAAGACCUCGGAAGGGGCAUGGAGAGGAGGCGGUGCGGGACGAGGGCGGGGCUACAGUGACCUUCUGCUGGAUUAUGUGCUGACCAAACAGCGACAGCAUUCUCAGCCGAUCACAUUGCACCAGCCGCCACAGUACAACGGGCACGCCGCCCAGCCCCCCUCAGGAGCCCCGCCCACUUACCAUAUCCACAUGGGAGAGCAGCGCCGCGUUAAAGUCACCCGCACCAAAUCCUGCGGCCCGUUCCUUCCUGUCACCGAGGCCCACAUCCAGCCGGACCCCCACCCUCACCUGUUGCCCCCACAGCCCUCUCAGCUGGGUCCCACCCAGGACGCACACCUCGAGGAUGCUACCAGAAGCCUUCACAAGGCCCUCGCUUUGGAAGGACUGAGGGACUGGUACCUGAGGAACACAAUAGGCUCCUCCCACUCUAAUCAGGCCAAUGGGAAGGUCAAAGGUCAGACUGGAGCUCUUCAACGCAGACGGACGACUCAUGGCGUCCUACCGCAGCCUAACUAUCAGACGGAGGCGGGACCUCGGGCCGUACCACACAGCAAGAAGGGGGCGCUGCCCCAUUCUGUCACUUUCCACGGACACCCACUGCACGCCAGGUCUGCGGACAGCUCGCUCUAUCUUGACUCCGCCCUUCCCCACAAACAGGACACGUCUCUCAGAGAAGCACCAGCGGAACCAGCAUCACCAGGGACUCUGGUCUGACCCAUCAGGAUGCUGAAGGGGGGGGCCGUAUGGAUGGAUCAAAAUGGCCGACGCUACUUCAGGAAAUGGGUGGUGGCUCCGAGCCUUUGUAUGCUGCCGCCUCAGGGACCGCAACCUUUCACAUUUCGUGACCAUAACCCAAAGACUCCGCCCACCAGCCCCAAAGCUUCUUCCAGUUGCAGAAGAAAAAGCAAUAAGCAGGUUCAACCUGAAGCACAUCCGCUUGUAAACAUGGCAGCCAUGUUGGCUUUGAUGUUUUCUACAACGCUUUGAAUCAAUCAGGACACCUGGUGACAUCAUCACAUGAUGACAUCACUGACUCAGGCCACUCCCUUCAGGUGUGGGCGUGUUCUUCAUAGGUGACAGCCAACAAUGAAUGAGAGGAACAAUGUUUUUAUUUAUUUGACCAAUCAGCUGAUGUGACAAUCACAUGACGAAGACGAUCACUUUGGUUAUUAUUGAUUAAUGAUGACUAUUUAAAUAACGCUGUGGUCACAUGACACGUCCCUCACGUCAUCAGUUUGUGUUAUUGCCGCAAAUGUUUAGAACUUAGCUAAGUCCCGCCCACCCUGUCACCUUUUUGAUUGCUGCUGAGGACUGACUGAUUUUAUAACUUGUGAUGACAUCACUGUGACAGCAGCGGUCAUGUGACCACAGCAUGCACACAGGUGAAUAUUUAAAGAAACCAGCUGUCCUAAUGGACCAACCAGGAUUGUCUGCCAUUGUGACGUCAUGGCUCCUGCUGCUGUGACGUGUUCAGGUGCACUGCUUUGUACAGUUCAUGUAUCUUUGAAAAACUGCACAUGUUUAAAAAAAAAAAAGAAACAAUCUUUUUCUAACUUUUUGGACUCAUUUGUACUUUUUCACACUUUCAUGACAACACAUUUUAUGUAAAUUAAAUUAAAUUGUCUGUUGCAAAUAAACCUU